AUGUCACUGUUCUCAGGUGUCGCGUUGGUGAUCGGCGCAGGGUCAGGGGAUGGCAGAGCAGUUAUGCACUUACUUGUCCAGAGCGGCUGUUCGAAGGUGGUUCUGGCCGACUUGAACGAAACUAAUCUCGCCAGGGUGGAAGCAGAGUGUCGGAAUUUGGGGGGCAGUCAACUUCAGAUUCUAAGCCAAAAGUGUGAUACGAGAGUGCCCAGCGAUCUGGACCGGAUCAUUGCAUCUGCAGUCAAUCGAUUUGGUGAGAUCAAUUACUGUGCCAACUGCGAGAGGCCGACGGGUCCUCUUGAAGGCAACACCACGGAAAUUUCUCUGGCAGAAUUCACCAACGCCGCGGACGUGUGGCAGAGGGGAACUUGGUUGGCGAUGCGAUCGGAAGUGCGUCAGUUUCUGGUGCAAAAGAGAAAAGACAACAAGAGCGUUGCCACCAUAGUAAACAUCUCCGCCUCGCAAGGCCUUGCGAGCGAGUCAGGCUUCCCCGGUUAUUGUGCCGCGGGGCACGGUAUUGUAGGCAUGACCAGGGCAACGGCCAUGGACUAUCUUCCGAAUGGUAUCCGAAUCAACUGCGUUUGUGCAGGCCCCUCCACUGGCGAGCCUGCUGGCGAGCCUCGAGAUCUCGGCAGGGUGCAGAGACGGUCGCUGCCACGCGCUCCGCUCACCCGAGACAUCACUCCAGAAGAGGUCGCUCAAGCGGUCGUCUUCUUGCUUGGGGAAGGGGCAAGUGGUAUCACCGGGAUAGAAUUGCCCGUAGAUGGUGGCUGGUCUCUAUACCAUCAUUAG